CGAGUUAUAAAUUAUAUCUAAUAUUUGUUCUUUAUCAUUAUUGAAGUAUUCUAUGUAUCGGCUUUUUUCGAGUUUGACUACAUUGAUUUAUCAAUAAAAUGACUUCAAUACCAAGAAAUCAUCAGACUAUACUUGAUCUUGCUUUAACAUUAAAAAACACUAACUUUGAUAUGAAACCAACUGAGAGAACUUUACUAGUAUUGGGAAAUAAAAAUUCGGGUAAAACAACAUUAAUCCACAGGUUUUUUGAUAAAAGCGAAAAGCCAAAACCAACUUUGGCUUUGGAAUACACAUUUGCUAGAAGAUCUGGGAAAAGUUUAGCAAAAGACAUUUGCCAUGUCUGGGAAUUAGGUGGUGAUGCUGUGUUCAAAAACUUGUUGUCCGUCAUAAUAGGUAAAACGGAAGGGCGGUGUUUGAGUAUUGUUUUGGUGUUGGACUUGUCUAAACUUAACACCAUAUGGAACACAUUGGAUAAUUUGCUUGAAGAAGUUUUCAGCCAACUUAAAAGUCUACCCAAAAUUGAAAAUUUCAAUCAAAUUGAUAUCCAGAAUAAUGAUGAUAAACAAUACAUGACACCAUUACAAGUGCCUUUAAUAAUAGUAGGAAGUAAAUAUGACGUAUAUCAAAACUAUGAACCGGCCAAAAAGCGGAUUGUGUGUCAAUCAUUACGCUAUGUAGCACAUACUUAUGGCGCAUCAUUAUUAUUUUAUAGUACUAACGAAGCCAUUCUAGUAAAAAGAGCUAAAGAAGUCUUGUCACAUUACGGGUUUGGAACGUCUUACUCGAAGAAUUAUGUGCAAGAUUCGAACAAACCGCUUUUUAUUCCAGCCGGUACCGACUCAUUUGAUAGUAUAGAUCAAUUAGAUGGUAAUAUACAUUUAAGAUCAAUGCAAAAGUACAAACAUCUAUUUACUACACAUUUUAAGCAGGCUCCACUGGACGCUGAACGUCAUUCCGGGUCUGUUGUCGAAGAUCCGUUGAAUAAUCCGAAUUACGUGGAUCCAGUUGUAGACGAAGCGUUAAAAAAGAAACAGGAGGUUUGUACACAACUUUAUACACUUAAUACUGGUGUAGUAUUGUUAUUGUAG